UCGGCGUAUUUAGUUAAAGUAGGUGGUUAAACCUACUGUAGUGGAUAGAUUUUUUCUUUAAGUUUUAUUUUUAAUUUUAAUCAAAGUUAAGGGGAUCUUAACAAUGAGGGAGAUUGUGAAUAGUGUUUUGGGUGCAUAUAAUUAUGUGUUCGAUGAAUUGGCAGAUCCCAGAACAAAACAUCUCCCAUUAAUAGCAAGUCCUAUACCAGUUAUCGUCACAGUGAUUGCAUACCUUAAGUUCUGCACGAACUAUGGACCACGUUUCAUGAAGGAUCGAAAACCCUUUGAGCUGAAAACCCCGAUAAUGUUAUACAAUCUAUUUCAAGUAUUCUUGAGUAUAUAUUUAUUUCAGUCGGGUAUCUUCUUUCUACUUUCGAAGCACAGCAAUUUAGUUUGUGAACCACUUGUGGAAACCGUUGAAAUUCCUAGACGGACAACUGCGGCAAUUGCAACCUGGUGGUAUUUCUUCGCCAAAAUGACAGAACUUCUGGACACAGUAUUCUUCGUGUUGAGAAAGAAAAGCAAGCAAAUUUCGACACUACACUUGUAUCACCAUACCAUGGUGGUAAUCAGCUCUUGGGGAGCUACUAAAUACUUUCCACUUGGGCCUCUAAUUCUAGUCGGAACCUUGAACUCCUUCGUCCAUAUACUGAUGUACACAUACUACUUCCUCGCUGGAUUGGGACCCCAGUACCAAAAGUAUUUGUGGUGGAAGAAGCACGUCACUAUUGUUCAGUUGGUACAAUUCCUUAUAGUAAUAGCGCACAAUGUCAUAGGACUCUGCCACACGUGCGAGUACCCUAAAUUCGUCCACUACUUCCUAAUAUUCAACACAAGUUUGCUCUUCUAUAUGUUCAGUAAAUUCUAUUACAACUCUUAUAUAAAAGUACGCCCAAAGAAGACUGAAGAAACUAGUGUUAAGAUCAAAGAAAAUUAUGCUAAGAAGGGUAAAAGACUUAGCUUUGGUCAGUAAAACCGAAAAUAUAAUUUAAAAAACUGGAUUAAAUAUAGUAUGAUAGAGUUA